GGACCCCAUUUCCGGUCCGAUCCCAGGGCUCGCCCAACAUCCCAACGGACACUUCCCUGAAGUCUCAAACCGCCACUGCUUCUGCCUCUGGCCUCCCUUGCCGCUCAAGCUGGGAAAUCUCCGAGGCCACCACCGCCCUCGGCCCCGCCGCCGCCCGCCGCGCAGCCCUCGCCUCCGCCCCACCUUCGCCUUCGCCCUGGUGCCCGGGCCGCCAGCCAUGGCCACCCCGCUGCUCUCCCAAGUGCGCCAGAACUACCACCCCGACUGCGAGGCCGCCGUCAACAGCCAGAUCAGCCUGGAGCUCUACGCCUCCUACGUGUACCUGUCCAUGGCCUUCUACUUCGACCGCGACGACGUGGCCUUGAAGCACUUCGCCCGCUUCUUCAUGCGCCGCUCCCGCAAGGAGACCCAGCACGCCGAGAAGCUGAUGGAGCUGCAGAACCAGCGCGGGGGCCGCCUCCGCCUCCGCGACAUCAAGAAGCCGGACCGCGACGACUGGGAGGGCGGCCUGAAGGCCAUGGAGAGCGCCCUGCACCUGGAGAAGAGCGUGAACCAGAGCCUGCUCGACCUGCACCAGCUGGCCACCGACAAGAACGACGCCCAGCUGUGCGACUUCCUGGAGAGCCACUACCUGCACCAGCAAGUCGAGGCCCUCAAAGAGCUGGGGGGCUAUGUCACCAGCCUGCGCAAGAUGGGGGCCCCCGAAGCCGGCGUGGCAGAGUACCUGUUUGACAAGCUCACCCUGGGCCACAGCGACAAAAAGUACUGAGUUGGGACUGUUUUCCCCAUAGCCCCAGGCCGCAUGGUGACUUGGCCUGAUCACCAUGCCGAGCAUGCUUAUUGCAGUAUUGCUUCUGCAAAAGGUUCCAAUUCUUUCUUUCCAGUUUUGCCAUAAAAAAGUU